GAUUAGCUUCUAUAAGUGAGAUGUGGAAACUUGAAGCUCUGCACAAACAGUGAAAAUGGAUUUUCAGUAAAGAGGGAGACUCCUGAUAUCCUGCAAAUAAAUUUCUAGAGGGGAAAAAGCAUAUUCAUGAAUUCUGGAUUUAUUAUUGAGGAAGAAGGUAUAGAUUUCAUUUGUAAAAUUACUAACCAAAGGCCUUUUUAAAUGAAAAAAGAACUACAUAAGAGGCUUUUUAUGUCUCCAAACAUACCCGGAGGAUCUUUAAAGGUUUAAUUCAGUUUUAUUUAUCCAGCAGCCAUCCAGAACUCCCAGAGCACCUCUUUUACAAAUGUCAAAGCCAGAAUAUACACUACCUGGCCAUAAAAAACAGUCUCCACCAGGAUUUAAUGAAGCUAAUAGGUAAAAUCCUUCCACUGAAUAAUUACUGCAGUGAUGACAACUCAUUUAACCCUAGCUGAUGCAGUGAGGAGCUUCUCAUUUCUGAAACAACCAUGUAGGAAAACAUAUCCUGUGGUCAUGGAAAGGAUGUUAAUCUGUCUCAGAAGGGUCAAAUUAUUGGCCUGCAUCAAGCAAAGAAAACAACUAAGGCGAUAAAACAACUAAAAUCAAGUUAAGAACCGUCCAACGCAUUAUUAAAACCUGAAGGAUAGUGGAGAACCAUCAUCUUCAGGAACUAAUGUGGUCUGAUGAGUCCAGAUUUACCCUGUUCCAGAGUGAUGGGGGCAGUAGUUUAGGUUUGGUUUUGGUCCCGACUUUGUGCUGGUUUUUGACUUUUUUAGGACUGGUUUCAGACUGUAAUCUGAUUGGUUCUAAACAUUUUUUGGACUGGCUUAAGUUUGAUUUUGGUCCUGGUUUUAGACCUUUUAAGGACUGGUUUUACAAUGUCUUGGACUUUUUUAGGAGUAGUCUAGAUUAGAGCUGCAACAACAAAUCAAUAAAAUCAAUAAAAAUCGAUUAUUAAAACUUAAACUUAAAACCAGAAACAAGUUGGAGUCACUGAUGAGGAUGAAGGAGCCCAACAGCAGCAAACAAUGACAGGCUUCAUGAUGAGAAAGACAUCAUGUCCACCACAGCAAGCAUCUGUCCUGACUGAGAGCAUCCUCAACAUGAUGCUCACUGACAUGAGGCCUCUGUCGAUGGUUGAAGACGAAGGCUUCACUUCAAUGAUCUUAUUUGCUCUGUCAGUCCAAAUCUUCUCUUUCUGAAUAAAGCGGCGGGAAUUAAAAAGUCUUUGACUGGAGAUGAAUGAAAUUCUGCUCCCGGUGGUCCAGGCAGGAGGCGGGAGAACACUGUCCAGAGCAGAGUUCCUGUCCCUGCUGAACACCUAUAACUGCUUCCUGAAGGACCAGACCCAGCUGCACCUCAGCUGCUCUCAGGAGGACGAUGGAGAGGUGGUGGUGGAGGGUUUCCUGAACAUCUCCUGGGGAGUCCGGAGACCCAUCAGGCUGAAAAUCCAGGACGACAAACAGAUGCUUCCCUUUGCUCCUCUGAUCUCUCCUGACCCCAGCAGUCCAGUCAGCCCUCUGGGAAGCAAGAGGGGAAUGACUCGAUGGGGAGAAUACGCCGACCUCCACCAGAUAGAUGAGAUGGCUGAAACGGCUCAGGAAACGGUGGUCAACAAACCUCUACCUGCUGUUUAUGAGACCACCACCCUGCGUCCAGCAAGGCAGAAGAACCUGGAGCUGGAGGCCGAGUCCAACUUGUUCCGCUGCAUGAGCGACGCCUCGCUGGUCAAACGGAGGAGAGGGAAGGGAAAGACAGCAGCUCAACGAGAGGAAGAACGACAGCAUCGCUUCUCUAUUAACGGACACUUCUAUAACUAUAAAACCUCCAUCUUCACUCCAUCCCACGGUACUCCAACUAAAGUCCGUAUCUCCAGCAGGAUGACCACAAACCAAGUUAUUUCACAGCUGCUAAACAAGUUCAAGAUAGAAAACGAUCCCCAGGAGUUUGCUCUCUACUGCAUCCACCAGAGUGGAGAGAAGAGGAAGCUGAAUAACAGAGACCAGCCGCUGUGGGAGCGAAUCCUGCAGGGACCAUCUGAUGACAUCAUGAAGAUCUUCCUGAUGGACAUGGAUGAGGAGGAGGUCAGCAAUGAUGUCGCUCAGUAUCUGAACCUGGAGCUUCCGAUCCUGGAGCAGGUUUUACUGAAACUCAGAGAGGAAGAGAACAGAGAAAUCCAGAGAGUCAUCAGCAAAUACCACCACCAACACAGACUCCUGUCUCACAUGCUGACCUGCAAACUAUCGCCUCAUGUGGAGACCAGCGUCUGACAGCAGAUCAUCUACUGGAACAGAGAUCCACCUCAGAACUUACAGGAUGGAAGAACAGCUCUGGAGAACCCGGAAAAUGUUAUUUCAUUUGUUUUUUACAUCUUAAUGUUAUUACAAAGACAGAAAGGUGAAGGAUCUGGAGAAUAAAACAUUCAAAACUGAUAUCAUUACAGGAAAACAACCCGAAAAUCCAGAAGAACCCAGCAGUCUUUAAGUCUGACACAUGUAUAGUUUAUCCACAGUAAUUCCAUUUUCUUUAUUUCUUUGUUGCUUUAUUUUUUGUAAAAUAAGUGCAGGACAUGAUUGUAAGUUCUGUUGUCAAUAACUGUAAAUCAAUGUGAUCAGGAAUAAAUAUGGGACCAGCA